CGCGCGGGGCAUCCCGGGAGCAAGGGCCGGGCCGGGCCACGGCGCGGGGCAUUGUGGGAGGUGGACGCCGCUCCGGGGCGGGCGCCCCAGGAUGGAGCCUCCACCUGGCACAGCGGCGGGGCAGGAGGAGCAGGAGCUGCGGGAGAGGGCCUUCUUCUCGUGGGCCGAGUUCAGUCGCUUCUUCGACGCGUGGUGCCAGCAGCGGCUGGCACUCUUCUUCGUCAAGAGCUCCAUGCACCUGGCGCGCUGCCGCUGGGCCAGCGCGCCCCCGCUCUACACGCUCAUCGACGUACUCAAGUACAGCUACGUGCGGCUGGUGUGCAAGGACGUGCGCGCGCCCAGCCGGCCCGCCGUGGGGCCCCCCCAGCCUGGCUGCCCGGCUUUCAUCAUUGUCAAGCUGAGUCCGCUGCGGGACCGCCUCGUGGUGACGGAGUGCCAGCUGACCCACUCGCACCCGGCCUGCCCGCUCGAGUUCGCCUACUACUUCCGCCCGGGCCACCUGCUGGCCAACGCCUGCCUACCUGUGCGCACCACCAACAAGAUCUCCAAGCAGUUCGUGGCCCCAGCCGACGUGCGCCGCCUGCUCUCCUACUGCAAGGGCCGAGACCACGGCGUCCUGGACGCCCUGCACGUGCUCGAAGGGCUCUUCCGCACCGACCCCGAGGCCAAGGUGAAGCUGGUGUUCGUGGAGGACCAGGCAGUGGUGGAGACCGUGUUCUUCCUGACGUCACGCACCCGGGCGCUGCUGCGGCGCUUUCCACGCAUGCUUCUGGUGGACCGACUGCCGGGGCUGCAGGGCGCGCUGGAUCUGCUGGCGGUGCUGUGCGUGGACGGCGCGGGCCGCGCGCGUCAGGCCGCCUGCUGCGUGGCGCGCCCGGGCACGCCGAGCCUGCUGCGCUUCGCGCUGGCCUCGUUGCUGCAGAGCGCGCCGGAUGUCAAGGGCCGCGUGCGCUGCCUGACUGCCGGGCCCGAGGUGGCGGCGCAGCUGCCCGCCGUGCGCCAGCUCCUGCCCGGCGCGCGCGUCCAGAUCUGCAGGGCGCAGGGCCUGGAGACGCUCUUCAGCAAGGCGCAGGAGCUGGGCGGCGCUGGCCGCGAGGACCCGGGCCUGUGGCCCCGCCUCUGUCGCCUGGCGGGCGCGUCGUCCCCCGCCGCCUACGCCGAGGCCCUGGCCGAGCUGCGAGCCCACGGCCCGGCCGCCUUCGUCGAUUACUUUGAGCGCAACUGGGCGCCACGCCGGGACAUGUGGGUGCGCUUCCGCGCCUUCGAAGCGGCCCGCGACCUGGACGCGUGCGCCUUGGUGCGCGGCCACCGCCGGCGUUUACUGCGCCGCCUGAGCCCCUCGCGCAGCGUAGCGCAAUGCCUGCGCGAUCUGGUGGCCAUGCAGUGGGCUGAUGCGGCUGGGGAGGCAGCGCCCGACGUUUCCGACGACGCGGGCCCUUGGCUGGAGGGGGAGCCAGGGAGGGGAGCCCAGGUGGAGAACCAGAGGUUGAAGGGCCUAGAAACCGGAGACUGGGGAGGGGCGCGGAAGGAGGGGAGUUUUUGGAGAGAAGCCCAGGUGGAGAAGGAGUGGGCCCGAGGGCUGGAGACCAGAGACCGGGGAGGGGCUCAGGUGGAAAGUGAGAAGGGGAGAGGGUUGCAAAUCCGAGACUGGAGAGGGGUCCAGUUGGAAAACCAGGUGAGAGGGCUAGAGGGGAGUGUCUGGAGAGGGUCCCAGGUGGAGAAGGAGCACUUGAGAGCUCCCGAGAUCCGAGACUGGAGGGGGGGCCCGUUGGAGGGUGAGAAAGAUUGGGGGCUGGAGGGUUAUAUCUGGAGGGGGGCACAGGUGGAGGACCAGCGGUUGAGAGGACUGGAAGGGUAUACCUGGAGGCUGGCGCAGCUGGAGGAUCGAAGGGUUAGGGUGCUGGAGACAGCAGACGGGAGGGGGACCCAGUUUGACUGUGAGAGGGCCAGAAGUCAUGAUGGGAGCUCCUGGAGGGGGCCCAAGUUGCACGAUGAGCAGGUAAGUGGCCUGAAAACCAGGGACUGGAAGGGGCUGCAUCUGGAAGCGGAGAAGGAGAGGGGGCUGGAGGUCAGAAACUGGAGGGGGGUCCCUGUGGAGAAGGCCCUGGAACUGGUCCCCGAGAAUGGAGACCCCAGGGGGCCCCAGUGGGGAGAUGGGAGGCAGAGGGGGCCAGAGACUAGAGAAGGAGGAGCGAGGUUGGGUGUCAAAAGAAGAAGGGGCCUGGAGGAUGUAGUUCUGAUCCAGCUGGGGGACCCAAGGGGGGCAGGCCUGGAGAAUGGAGACGGACGGGGUGCCCAGGCUGGCAGCCCCAAGAGCAGAGGCGGGCAGGGCAGGGAGUGUGGGGACCCAGGAGGGGGCUGUCUAGGGCUGGGGGAUGGAGUCCCGUGCAGCGCCCCAGGAGGGACCGUGUCGGAGGGUGACCCAGAGCGGGCAGCGAGGAGGAGGAGGUACCCGGCCCCCGGGGGGAGCUCGCAGGAAGGAAGUGGAGGAGAAGGCCCAAGGGAACCAAAGAGGCCGUGCUGCCCCUCAGGGGACGAGGAGGUGGACUGGGAGCCGCUGGCCAAGUUCCGAGCAGCCUGCGGGCCAGAACUGGCGGAGCUGGUGGCCGAAGAGCUGGCCUUCGCCCGGCAGCACGGGACCCGCGGUUUCCACUGGACCGGGGCUGGCUUCGCCCUGCAGGACGGCACCUCGGACUUCUUCCUGGACGGAGCGCUGACGCGCUGCUCCUGCUCCAUCCACGCGGCGCGCCGCCUGCCCUGCCGCCACGUGUUCGCCGCGCGCCUCCUCACCGGGGCAGCCUUAUUCCACAUGGACCUGCUCAGGGAUUGCUGGGGGAGGGCCCCCGAGCCCUGAGCCUGCCGGCCCCUGCCCGUGACCCUCCACGGUGGGGGCGGGAGGGCACGCUUCGAUCCCAAAGAUAACAGGGCUGAGGCCAAGAGGGCCACCCCAUUCUGUCCCCGGCCACCUCCUGGGGUACCCAGGGGCCCCAUCUUGGCAGCUGGCCUCUCUGGAUCCGAGCGGGAGCCGCCAGUGUGAUCUCUGAGGUCCCGUGGCGGAUGGUGGUGGCCAUGGGAUUCUCCCUCGGAGAGGAAAGGUGGGGUGAGAGAGUGUAGACAGGGUCAGGUCGAGACAGGAGAAGGAAGGGGAUAGAGCUGGGGGAGGGGAGGACACCAGGAUGUGGGGAGAGCCUGGCAGGAGGAGGGAGAAAAGCAAAGGGGGAUGAAGGAGAGGGGAGGGGAGGCAGGACAAAGGAGACAUGGAGGAGAGAGGACAAGGGAAGAGGCAGAAACGACGAAGAAAUGGAGACAAGCAGGAGGGUUGGAGAGGGUGGGGGAGGGGAGGAGGAUGUGAGGAUGAAGCAGAGGGAAGGGGAAAGGAACCCGCAAAAGAAAGGAAGGGGAGAAAAGAAAUGGGAGGGCGUUGAUCUGGGGAUUUCUCUGAGGCCAGGAGUCUUGGAUCGCCUUCGCCUACUGGUUGGUCAUUCCUGGAAGAGACAGAAUAACAGGGGGGCCCUGGGGGUCUGAUGGGAUGGGCUGGGGGCUCUCCAGCGGGGGAGGGGAACCGUCUGGACUCUGGC